CAUAGUUGUGUCAAUUAUUGAAUUAAAAUUCAAAAUUUCGAGUGACAAUGGUUUAAAGUUUGUGACAGUUUUGGUUGAGGAUCGCACACGGAUAAAACAAUAGUAUGAGAUCCGAAGUUGGACUACUCUCAGAAGUAGACAGCGGUGGCAGAUCUUUAGAAGAAGAAGAAGACGAGGUGGAAGUAGACGAUGGUGUCUCUGACAUAUCAUCUGGGAAAAAUUCACUGAAACACAUUCAACAAGACUCAGACAGUUCCUGCAGUGAAGGCACAUCUAGGAGAUCAGUCAGAGCUAAGUGGAGGUACUUGGCAGGAGGUGGGGGAUCCAUCACUCCGGGGAGGAGAAGAAGAACUGGUCUGUCCGCGCGAGAGAGGAACAUGAGGCGGCUGGAGAGCAACGAGCGCGAGAGGAUGAGGAUGCACUCCCUCAACGAUGCUUUUGAGCAACUCCGAGAGGUGAUUCCUCAUGUCAAGAUGGAGAGGAAGCUGUCCAAGAUAGAGACACUGACCCUCGCUAAGAACUACAUCAUGGCGUUGACCAAUGUUAUCUGCGAGAUGAGGGGGGAUGAGAAGCCUUACACGUUCCUAGAUGUAGACAACGAGCCGGAUGAUGAGGAGCAGAACAACAACUCCCUCUAUCAAGAAAGUUUAGAACCGACAGCACGGAAUUUGAAUGCAACCUGACCUUUGGAAACACUGUUUGUAACAUUUUUAAGUGAGAAUCGUCAGCUGCGGGAAAAAGUUGGGGAGGCUGCAACAGUAUUAUUGUGUAUUGGAAACAUGUUGAAAAGUUUGGUCAAUGUAAGCAAACAGGAACAAAGUGAUGGAAUAAUUGUUGGAAAUUUAGUCACAAAAUUGGACUCGAAGGUCCAGAGACAAUAAUUAAUUUAAGUACGGUAUAUAUGUGAGAAAAAAAGAGGAUGUCUGUACAUUAAAAUAGACAAGCUUUUUGCCCAUCAAACUGUAUGGAUGGGUGAACAUAGUCAGCUGAAGAAAACUAUAAAAAAUGUAAUGUAAUAUUAUUCUUUGUUCUACAGCAGACUACAAUGUGUAGUAAGAUUUCAACUUUUAAAAUAAAUUUGAAUUUAUAUACAUUUCAUUUAUGCCGGGAUUCAAUUUCGCUUUCCAGGAUUGUUUAUUCUUACUGUGACAUCUGAUAUCCUGUCACAGUUUAGUUUUCUUUGGAUUUAUCCAAAAUCAUUUUGCUGACGGUUAUUGUGAUUGAAACCAACCAAAGCUGAUCUAACAAAAUGUGGAUAAAUUUAUGUUUUGUCUUUACAAUCUAACCAAAUGUUUACUUUGGCUUGAUGAUUUGCAGUCAAUUUAGUAGUGAUUACAAUAUUUGAGCUUUAGAAUAGAAAUGUUUUCCAUGUGGAGAGUAUAAACUAAGAUUAAGGGAUUGAAUGCCCUUUUCAGUGCGAGUUCAUUGAAUUGAGGAAAUAAAUAGAUAGAUUGAAAACCAAGUAAUUCAUUAGGGAGAUCUUUAAGGUGAACAACUCUGGGAGGAUCGAGAGAAUCAAUUUAACUGAAUUUGGUGUUGCAUUAUAGCAAACCAUCUUACUGAGCAAGAACUGUCUUAUUGGCUUAUUAGGAAUUAUUUGAAAUAUUACUCGGUCAUUAGUUCAAUUAUUGGCGUUAGAGAUUAUAGGUAAAAACAUUGCAACAAAUUUAAUAAUUUAGUUUACCCAAAAGAACAAAGUACGAACUGUCAUAUUUAUUAUUAAUAAAAACAUAGUAAGUAGAAUCUCCGUCUACCAUGCCUCGUCUGAUUUGAAAUACCUGAUGUUCAUCAAGCUGUCAAUUAAUAAUUUCAACUAUAUCCAAUACAAGCUCAGUUAUUAAAACUUCAGUUGUUGAUGACAUUUAUGAGUAUGGAAAAAAAAAUUUAACAGUAUGUACUGUAUACUUCACAAAAUUAUCACAAUUGUCUAGGUUGUAGUUUUAAGAUGUAUAUAGUGUUGAGUUAAUGAGGAAUUUUUAAUUUUUGUCAAAACAAUCUUUGCUACAGACAAUAAUCAACAAAUAAUUUAGGUAUAUCACCUACAUUGUUCAAAUGAUAGGUGCCAAUAUUCUGAUUUUCUUCUAAUUAAGCCUCAUCCUGGAUGACGGGAAGCGGAACGAGUGCUGUCCUAUUCUUUGCCGUGGGGGUCAUAUACUGUCAAAACCGUCAGGUAGGCCUGAGUGCCGUUUGACUCCCCAGAGCGUAAUUGAUUUCAGAGGAGGAGUAUUAGUGGAUUCACGGCACCCAUUAAGUCGUAGUAAUUACGUUAUCAUGUGCAAAGAUUGUUUUCUUCAGGGCUUGUUUGGAGUUACCCUAUUUUUGUAAAUUUUGGCUAUAGAGUUAGUUUAUGUUUGAUUUAUGUUACUAAAUGUUGUUUUUGUUAUUUAAACCAUAUUGGUUCCCAGGGUUGAUUUUUAUUUUCAAUUUUCGUAGAUAUAGGAUAUAGUUAAUUGCUUUAAGUGGUUUUGUGCCUUAGUUAUAAUCUAACUGUACAUAUUUUCUUGCUACUCCAUUUUGCAGAUUUUGCUUAAAUGUGUAUCUGAAAUUGUACUUUUGUGGGCAAACCAUAUGAAUUUUUUCCCAUUUAUAACAAUUUGUAUUAUAGGUAGGAACAUGUAAAUGACAUGACAGAGAACGUUUCUAUUGUUAAUCUAUCCUUUAACUGAUGGUUGUAUUUGUACUUGAGAGAAAACCGGUUAUAUAUACAAACAAGUAGAAAUUCAAUUAUUUAAUAAGACCAAGGGUUAGAAAAAUCAAACUAUUUAGAUAAUCUAUAUAUCCAAUUUUUGACCUGAAAUUAUCUUAUAUUAUCAUACCAAAUUUCAUUAACAAAGUAUAAAUUGGUUAGUUAAAUGCAAAAGAGGCUUGAAAUAUAUAAAUUUGCAAAACAUUUUGGAUAUUUUACUAAAAACAAUCUGGCAAAAGAGUAUGAUAAAAAUGGGGAUAAAAGACUAGUCAUGCAUUUUCCUAAACGUUGUUUUAAGAUCAAAUAAAAUCCGCCAUUUUAACAUUUUAUUUUUUACACAGCAUUUUCUUGUUGACAAUUGACUUAUUAAAUGAUUGACUAACUACUCCUAUGAAUAAUGAUGCCGUCCAUGCUCAUGAGUCCCGGGAAUCUUUCACUAGUUUUAAGUCAUCAUUGUUACCAUAUAAGUGUGAGAUAAUGUAUUUUAUGAAAUACAAUGAGA